ACAAACCCAAUCUACAGUCACUGGGUCCUGAUUGUGACAGUGGAGCCCAGUUUGCACUGCAGGAUCCAGAGAUGAAGCUGGAAGACUGCAGUCAAACACUGGAGCUGAAUGUCAACAUUAAAGAUGAAGAAGAGGAGGAGAAGAUUGGGGAAUCUGUUUAUGAUGGAGACCAUGUUGAGACAUUCUCUACAUCCAGAGAGCAACAGCAGGAAGAUCACAGAGCUAAGAGGUCUCACCACUGCCCACAUUGUGAGGAGAUUUUCCCAAUUCUAUCAAAACUAGAAAUACACCUAAAAAUACACACAGGAGAGAAUCUGUAUUCCUGCACUGACUGUGGGAAGAGUUUCACAACAUCACAGGCUCUGACAGUUCAUCUGCGAGUCCACACUGGAGAAAAACCUUACUCCUGCUCUGACUGUGGGGAGAGUUUCUCUCAACAGAGCAGCUUAAAAACACACCAACGUAUACACACAGGAGAGAAGCCUUACUCAUGCUCUGACUGUGGGAAGAGUUUCUCCGUAUCCAGCAACUUAAAAACACACCUAAAAAUACACGCUGGGGAGAAGCCUUACUUCUGCUCUGACUGUGGGGCGAGUUUCUCUCAACAGAGCCACUUACGAACCCACCAACAUAUACAUACAGGAAAGAAGCAUUACUUAUGCUCUGACUGCGGAAAAUGCUUCAUAACAUCAGCUGAGUUAAGAGUUCACCAGAGAACACACACAGGAGAGAAACCUUACUGCUGCUCUGACUGUGGGAAAAGUUUCUCUCAACAGAGCAACUUAAAAUGUCACCAGCGAAUACACACGGGAGAGAAGCCUUAUUCCUGCUCUGAUUGUGGGAGGAGUUUCACCCAUUUGGAUAUAUUAAAAUGUCACCAGCGAAUACACACAGGAGAGAAGCCUUACUCUUGCUCUGUCUGUGGGAAGAGUUUCUCCCAACAGGGCAACUUAAAAACACACCAACGUAUACAUAAAGGAGAGAAGCCUUACUCCUGUUCUGACUGUGGAAAAUGCUUCACAACAUCAACUGAGCUAAAAGUUCAUCGGAGAACACACACAGGAGAGAAGCCUUACUGCUGUUCUGAAUGUGGGAAGAGUUUCUCCCGAUUGGCUACCUUAAAAACACAUCAAUGUAUACAUAAAGGAGAGAAGCCUCAUCACUUCUCUCAGACCAACUAAGAUUAAAGUCACUCCAUCGAUUAAUCCUCAUCUCGUAAAAGAAGUGGCAACAGUGAAUUGGAUCAAGAAGAAAGCAUAGAACACUAUUGUAAUCCUAUUGUUUCUCAAUG